UCGCUUCCCGUGUUGCAGGGACCUUCCCACUUUCUUCACUAAUAAGAGUUUCGAAGACAUGGAUGGUGGAUACGUUCUUCCGCCUAUUAAAUACCCCAAUGGUAAUUGGUACCUUAAGAUGGGCCACAACCGCCGACAUGAGGACGACCUGAAUCCAAAUGAGGUGACGGAGUGGUACAUACACCGAAGGGGGAACAGGGAGUGUAUAGAGAAGUUAGGGAGAUUCAUGCAACAUCUUAUGCCGGACGUGAAAAGCCAAGGGCUCUCUGGCGACGGCUGCCUCACCUCCCACACGCCCAACCAAGAACCCUACAUCGACGUAAUCGCAGACGGCUUCGGGGUGGCCCUUGGAGGCAACCGGUGGGCGGCGAAGUCCAGCGACGAGAUCGGACGUCUGGCAGCUCGGCUCGUGGUCCUCGGCGAGUGGCGCUCCGAGAUUCCGAAAGAGCGCGUUCGAGUCUUAUGGAAAGCUCGGUCGCAUUUGUGAUUUUGGAGAAAGUUUUGUUUGUAAUGGAUGGGUGGAUAGAUGGAUAAACGAUUGACGAGGGAUGGAUAGAUAAGUGAGUGGAUGGAUGAAUGUGUAUAUAUGAGGUGUGGUCGAAAAUUAGCCAACCUUUGGCUAUAGAAUUUAAAAUGUUACAUGAUGAAAUAAGUUUAUCAUAGAGGUAUACUAUCCCUUAGUCCUCAACAUACAUAAACAAAGGGUCUUAACAAUAUAUCUAACUUAUCUUGAAAGUCCUAUUUUGAGAGCAUCCUGUGUUGCUUCGAUGUGUUUCCCAUGUAUUGCAAGAAUAUUUCAGAAGGUCAAACAACAUCAGUAAAGAAGUAUUA